UCUGCCCGGCUCCGAGGGCACCCCCCCCGCCCCCUGCCACUCAAGGCCCGCGACGGCUGGCGGCGCGCGCGCGCCCGCCACAGACGUUCAGCGGACCAAUCAGAGGGGAGGGACGGCUUCUUCGCCCUGCCCGUCGUGGUCUCUCACGCAGCGACGUCCUGGAUUCCCUCCCCCACCCCUUACUUCAACCAAUCAGGAAACGGCUCUAAGGGAGCGCGCGAGGUUUCCUUCCCCGCGCACCCGUUCUCACCGUUAAACGGCUGCGUCUCGCGACAAUCCUAAAGUGACCUUCCUCCACCCCCCACCCCCCGCGCCACGAGCUCAAUGCGCGCUAGGAGCAGUGGGAGGAGCAGGUCCCGCGAGGAGAUUGGUGGGAGGAAAACGCACCUUUUUCCCCGCCUCGCGCGCACCCUGGACUGGCUGCGCGCGCACCUGCCUCCCUAAGGAGCCGCUAAUGCCACAGGGCUCUUUCUAUCCUUCUUCCUUAAGCCGCGGAAGUAGCCUUGGCGUUCUUCUGCCUCCACCCCGAUCCCACUUUCCUGUCUGUGGCCUUUCUGUCCCCAGCGCCGCCAGGUCUUGCGGGAAGAAGGGGGAAAUUUUUUGAGUUGUCGCUUCUCCUUUAAGAAAAAAAACCCCGUCGACUGCCGGAUGAAAGUCUCUGAAAAAAUGGCGGCGGUAGAACAGAGGCGGGGUCGUGAGGGCAAGGAGGGCCCUCCUCUUGGCGCACGCGCAGGGUUAACUUGUCAAAAGGCAUCUUGGGAGAUGAAGUCCUAAAUAGCCUAAGCUUUAGGAAAAAAAGAUGAGAAACCAGAGGCAGAGAGGAUGCUGGGAGGUUUUUGACUGAUGCACGACGGGAAAGAAAUAACCAAUAGCCCUGAAAAUCCAAAUGUGACUGCUACUCAGCCCUGCUUUUAAUGGAUUUACAGUCUAUUCAGGAAAGGAGCACAUGCCAAAGCAGUUCCUCACAACCUGUGGGACCAGAGCAUCUUGGGUGUGUGACAAUGGAAGAGUUGGAUGCCUUAUUGGAGGAACUGGAGCGCUCCACCCUCCAAGACAGUGAUGAAUCCUCCAGCCCAGCUCCUCUUUCCCUGGAUCAGCACUCCAGAAAGGAGAGUAACCUUACUGAGACUUCAGAGACCCUUUCUGUUCAGAAUGAUGCAAGUCCCUUGCCGGUGCAGCUCGUGUAUACUACCCAUAUCCAGGAGCACAAUAUCUACAGUGAGGUCCAAGAGCCAAAGAAAUCACCACAUCCUCCUAAAACCUCAGCAGCUGCUCAGCUGGAUGAGCUCAUGGCCCACCUGUGUGAGAUGCAGACCCAGGUUGCAGUGAAAGCAGAUGCCAGCAAGAAACACACAGCAAAUAAGCAAGAUCCCAAGGCCUCCCUGGACUCAAUGCUGGGGGGUUUGGAGCAGGAUCUGCAGGACCUUGGAGUUGCCACAGUGCCCAAGGGCCACUGUGCUUCCUGUCAGAAACCGAUUGCAGGAAAGGUGGUCCAUGCUCUAGGGCAAGCAUGGCAUCCGGAGCACUUUGUCUGCACUCACUGCAAGGAGGAGAUUGGCUCCCACCCCUUCUUUGAGCGGAGUGGCUUGGCCUACUGCCCCAAGGACUACCACCAUCUCUUUUCCCCACGCUGUGCUUACUGUGCUGCACCCAUCCUGGAUAAAGUGCUGACGGCAAUGAACCAAACCUGGCACCCAGAGCACUUCUUCUGCUCUCACUGCGGAGAGGUGUUUGGUGCAGAAGGCUUUCAUGAGAAGGACAAGAAGCCAUACUGCCGGAAGGAUUUCCUAGCCAUGUUCUCACCCAAGUGUGGCGGCUGCAACCGCCCCGUGUUGGAAAACUACCUUUCAGCCAUGGACACCGUCUGGCACCCGGAAUGCUUUGUGUGUGGGGACUGCUUCAGCAGUUUUCCUUCCGGCUCCUUCUUUGAACUGGACGGACGUCCCUACUGCGAGCUCCAUUACCAUGAGCGGCGGGGCACGCUCUGCCACGGGUGUGGGCAGCCCAUCACUGGCCGCUGCAUCAGUGCCAUUGGCCACAAGUUCCAUCCCGAGCACUUCGUCUGUGCUUUCUGCCUGACACAGCUGUCAAAGGGCGUCUUCAAGGAGCAGGACAACAAGACCUAUUGUCAGCCCUGCUUCGUGAAACUCUUCCCACUGUAAUCUCAGCUGAACCCACGGUCCCCACAGAUCCCCUACAGAGUUUAAACCAGGAGGGGAAGGAGUAUACUUUGUUGUUACUGCUCUUCAGCUCAGUGGGCGUAUAAAGUAAAGGUAAUGAACCUGUAGUUGUUACAUGGCUAGGCUUGUAGUCUUAGGUUUUAGAUUUCCAGUCUUGUGUUUUUUCUCAAUCAGGUACUUGGGUUUAGAUCUGGGUCCUGUUGCUCGUGCCUCUACAGAUGCAUCUUCCACAUGCACACAUGCAUUCCACCCCCGGUUUCCUCAGAUUUCUCCCGUUUCCACUCCUGCGGUGGCCCUCUUCCCUGGGCCUUUUCACACCUCCCUCAUUUCCCCGUGACUCACUUUCCCAUGACCAGUGCAUUAUCCUCGCUGUCAGGAAUCCUGAUGCCCCUCCAAAGCUCUCUGCACCUCUCUUCAGUGUACUUCUCUUUUUCAAGAGGAAGUAGAUUUUAACUGGGCUACUUUGAGUCCUGACAUCAUUGAUAAAUAAAACGGCUUUCAGUUUUAAUGUCUUACAGUCAUGUUUGGAGAUAAAGUGCUUCCUGUGUUACAUACUCAGCACUGUGUGCAGUUAAAUCCAUAUCAUAUCUCUUGUUUACUUCCAUACAAUAGGCACUUUUUCUUAAUCGAAAGGAAUUGAAAGGGGGGACUCCUGUUCACUAACUUUUCUCUUAGUUUGGGCCCAUAAUAUUCAUUUUAUUUUGUAUUUUGAACUGAGAUGAUUGAAUCAUCUUAAAAGGUGGCAAAGCCUCUUAAAAUUGUUUACCCAAAGUGAAAAACCAAAUCUCCACUAGACACUUGAAAAUUCAUGUUUGUAUGCGUUUCUACAAACUCAUGAAAUUGUGUAUAUUGAAUAAGUUCAGUUUUUCUCUAUAUCAAUUAUAUCUCAAUAAAGCUGUUUUUAAAGAAUGAAA